AUGUCCGACUCCUUCACAAGCGCCUCAUACUACUACAGUUCCACAACCAACGGUAACGACGGCAAGAGUACAACCGGACACCGCUACUCAACAACAUCGCACACACAAGGAGACGGCACGACCAUCGUACGCACUGCUCAACAAGAACUAGGCCAACCGGCAAUCGUUGAAGAGCGCCGCUACGACAGCACUGGCCAAGAGCAGCUUGCACUGCCGGAGCCGGGCGCGAGCUCUGCGGGGGGUGUGCGCAGGAUCACCGAGCUAGAAGACGACAGCGACUCCGAUGAUAGCGCUGCCGCGGCGCGUGACCUGGCUGGUGUCGGCGGUCCGGCGGCUCAACUCUUGGAUGGGGAUGGGGAGGACGCUUCGUUUGAUUUUGCUUCUGCGCCGCUGUGGUCUAGGGUUUAUGACCCUAUGACGGGAGCUUAUGAUGAGCAUAGCGACUAUGGCAUUGAUGGGACUGCAAGACAUCAUCGUGAGGUGAGGGAUGCUAGUGGGAGAAGGUGGCGGAGGGAUGUGGAUUAUGAAGGGGAUGGCUUGUCUUCUUCUGCGAGGGAAAAUCGGAUUUUCGAGAAUCCUAGUACCGGGACUAGACUGAGGAGAGAGUCGGAUAUCGAUGUUAACAAUGUGUUUUAG